AGGUGGGGCCUCUUGUCACCUCUCUAGGGGAAUAAAAGAAAAAGAGGAAGCAGGACAGAGCCCACCUGAGAACCCGACAAGGAGGGGAGGGAUUUAAACCCUGCGACAACACACACUCUCUCUCUCUCUCUCUCUCACACACAGACACACUCGGGCGAGCAGCAGCUCUCACACACACACACACAGUGAGGGGAGCCUGAGUGGUGCAGUUGUUCAGACGGGCUGUAUUUCUGCGCCUCUGCUGGAGUUUUAGGACAAAAACAAAGUUUAUCAAAAGGGUUUCUGUCCAUCUGGAGCCGCUGACUGAGCGACGGAGCGAAGGAGGGAUUUUAUCUGGCUGUUCUUUUGCGUUUGGACUUUGAGAUUUGGAUGGGGAAACACCGUAAGAGGUCUGAGAUGGGAGGAUGGCUGUUGAGUGUAUCUGCUGUAUUACUCUCCCUGAUUCUGAUUGGCUGUGAUGCUGACGGUGGAAACCACUGUUUGGCGAGCAGAGCAACUAGCUGCUCUGCCUGCCUACAGGCUGGACCAGGAUGUGCCUACUGUCCAGAUGAGGUGUUUCCGUUUGAUCGCUGUGACCUGCUGAGGAACCUGCAGUCCCACGGCUGCCUUCAGGUGGUCUCUGUGAAGAGCGAAAUGUCCAUGCAGCAGAAUCUACGGAUCGACACCAGCCGGAAUUCUGCUCAGGUCGCCCCUCAGAGGAUGAUGAUGACCCUGUUGCCGGGAGAGGAGAAGCAGGUUGUGAUGGAGGUGUUUGAGCCGGGCCGCGGACCGCUCGACCUCUACAUCCUCAUGGACUUCUCCAACUCCAUGUCUGACGAUCUGGACAACCUGAAGAGGAUGGGAGACGAGCUGGCCCAGCUGGUCGGGACGCUCUCAGACGACUACACCAUCGGAUUCGGCAAAUUCGUCGACAAAGUGAUCGAACCACAGACGGACAUGAGGCCGACAAAACUGGCUCAGCCGUGGCCCAACAGCGAGCCUCCGUUUUCCUUCCAGCACGUCAUCACCCUCACCAGCAACAUCAGCACCUUCAGACAGAUCCUGCAGAAAGAGAAGAUAUCUGGCAACCUGGAUGCUCCGGAGGGCGGCUUCGACGCCAUCUUACAGGCAGCCGUGUGUCAAUCUCAGAUUGGCUGGAGGAAGGACAGCACGCAUCUGCUGGUCUUCUCCACUGAGUCGGCCUUCCACUACGAGGCGGACGGUGUGAACGUUUUGGCGGGUGUCCUGAACCGUAACGACGAGGCGUGUCACCUUAACACCACGGGCAGUUACACCCACGCCACGAAGCAGGACUACCCGUCCGUGCCCACGCUGGUGCGCAUCCUCAUGAAGCACAACAUCAUCCCCAUCUUCGCCAUCACCAACCACUCGCUGUCCUACUACGAGAAACUGGUUCAUUACUUCCCCAUCGCUGAGCUGGGAGUGCUGACCGACGACUCGUCCAACAUCCUACACAUCAUAAAGACUGCGUUCGAGAGUAUCCGCUCAAAGAUCAGCAUCCAAACAGAGAACAGACCCAAAGCCAUCAACACUCAGAUCCUCUCAGCCGCCGGAGGAGGAGCAGACCUGAAGAUCCAGCCUGGACAAAUAGGGAACGUCACGGUGGUUGUGAGCGCUAAGACCGAGUUCAACGAGAAGCACGUGUGCAGCCAGCCCGAGAGCGAUCGUCAGGGGGUGAUGAGGGUCAAACCCACCACAUUCAGCUCCGCCUUCGAAAUUGAUACCAGAGUGCUCUGCGAAACGUGUGACUGUGAGAAGAAUCCAAUCGUAAAGGCGAUCCGGUGCAAUGGUAACGGUAACCUGGUGUGUGGAACGUGCCGCUGUUAUGAGAAAUGGAUGGGUCCGUUCUGUAACUGCUCGUCGCAGGUCCAGUCCGAUGCGGGCUGUAUCGAGCCCAAUAAGAAGGAGCCGUGCAGUGGACGAGGAGACUGUGUUUGUGGAACCUGUAUAUGUCAUAAUCCCAGCCAGUAUGACGGCCCUUUCUGCCAGUACGACAAAUCACAGUGCCAGAGAUACGGGGGCUUCCUCUGCAACGACCGAGGCAGAUGCUUCCUGGGCAGAUGUGCAUGCGAAUCUGGGUGGACAGGAGACGCCUGCGAGUGUCCUCUCAGCAACGUGACCUGCCUGGACAACAAAGGGACUCUGUGUAAUGGCCGUGGAGUGUGUAAGUGUGGGCGCUGUGAGUGUGAAUAUUCCGGACUGGGCCUGGGCACAACCUGUGAACCGAACUUCCAGGCUCAGCUGGGCAUGUGUGAGAGCAAGAAGAGCUGCGUCCAGUGCCAAGCGUGGAAGACCGGAGAGAUGAAAGGAGAGAAGUGCAAGGACUGUCCGUUCAAGGUGGUGAUGGUGGACGAGCUGAAGGAGAGAGAAAAGGUGACAGAGACGUGUGAGUACCGUGAUGAGGAGGAUGACUGUACGUAUUAUUACACUGUGGACUUCCCGCCGAACCCCACCGAUAAAGAGUACGAGGUGCAGGUGCUGAAGAAGAAAGACUGUCCCCCUGGAGGCUUCCUCUGGCUGAUUCCUCUCAUCAUGUUCCUGAUGCUGCUGUUGGGUCUUCUGCUGCUCUGCUGCUGGAAAUACUGCGCUUGCUGCAAGGCCUGCCUGGCUCAGCUCUUAGCUCUGUGCUGCCCGUGCUGCGCCAAAGGUCGCAUGGUCGGCUUUAAGGAAGAUCAUUACAUGCUACGUCAGUCUUUGCUGACCUCAGACCAUCUGGACACUCCUCUGGUGCGGACCGGCCCGCUUAAGAGCACAGAUGUGGUCCGCUGGAAAGUGAGGGACAACGUCCACCGUCCACCCAGUCACCCUCAGAACCAGAUCCAGCCCAACCCCAAAGAAAUCAUCGACUUCCCUCUCUCUCUGCGGCUGAACAGGCAGUUUUCGGACGAGCUCUCUCGCCCGGAGACUCGGGACGCUCAGAGUCUCAGGCAGGAGGUGGAGGACAAUCUCAACGACGUGUUCAAGCGCAUCCCCGGCGCACACAUGGUGCAGAAGACCAGGUUCAGGACUCAGAGGAAUGCAGGAAAGAGGCAGAAUAACACGAUAGUGGACACGGUUCUGUCGGCUCCGCGGUCCAGCUACAACGACAUCGUGAGCCUGACCGAUAAACAGGUGCAGGUCGGAAACUUAAGCAACCUGAGAGUGGUGCCCGGGUACUACACCGUCGCCACGGACAGAGAGGCGACGGGGGCUGUGGAGCUGCAGGAGGGCGUGGAGUCUGUGGACGUUCGAGUUCCGCUCUUCAUCAAAGACGAGGAUGAUCCUAAAAAGCAGCUGCUGGUGGAGGCCAUCGACGUUCCGGUCGGAAUCGCCAAAAUUGGAAAACGCUUCGUCAACAUCACUGUCAUCAAAGAAAACGCUAAGAGCAUCUUCACCUUCCUCCAGCCCUCGUACACCUACUCUCGCCAAGACGGUGUGGCUAACAUCCCUAUUAACCGUGAAAUUGUUGAGGACGGCCGCACACAGGUCACCUACAGCUCCCGUGACCUCACUGCCAAGGACAGGAAGGACUAUGUGUCAGUAGACGGAGACAUGACCUACGCGCCUGGAGAGACGCAGAAGAUGGUUCAGGUGAAGCUGCUGCAGCCCAGUGAGACGGACACCCUGCUGGACAAACAGCCCAAACAGUUUGUGAUGGACCUGAGCAACCCGCGGCAGGGGGCCAAACUGGGCCGGUACCCCCGGACCACCAUCAACAUCACCGACAAACCAGAUCCCAGCGUGAUGAUGUUUAAGAACAGCACACAGACCUACAGCGUGUCCGAUCCGGUCUACAACAUCCCUGUGAUCCGAACCCAGGGCCAGGAGAACCCGUCCACCGUGAACUGGCGCAUCCGCAACUCCUCUCGUCUGAACCAGAACGGCCAGCUCAAAUUCGCCCCCGGAGAGACGGAGAAGAACAUCGCCAUCAACCCGCAUUCGCACCCAAGUCCGGUAAAGCCAGAGACCUUUGAGCUGGAGCUGUUUGACCCCAGCCCCAACAGCUCCGUCAAGGACAGGAAGACCACACAGGUCCACAUCGUCGACAGAGGAGAUACAAUGCAGUUUGUAGGAGCCCCAUUAUUGUCUUCACCCAGCGGCCGCCUUCACCCCCCCACCAACAUUGAGGCUUCGCCCGUGGGCCCCAAAAACAUCCGCCUCAACUGGAAACCCCAGACGGGCGCCAAAGGCUACAAGGUGAAGUACUGGAUCUAUGGAGACCCAGAAGCUGAUGCUCAGGUGGUGGAUGUGAAGAACCCUCAGGCAGAGCUGACCAACCUCUACCCGUACUGCGACUACGAGAUGCGCGUAUGUGCCUACAACGCGCAGGGAGACGGGGACUACAGCGACAUAGUGCAGUGCCAGACUCUGGAGGACGUGCCCAGUGAACCAGGACGCCUGGCCUUCAACGUCAUCGGCCCGACUGUCACACAGCUGAGCUGGGCGGAGCCAGCAGAACCCAACGGGGUGAUCACAGAGUAUGAGGUCGUCUACACGCCCAUCAACGAGGACAGCAAACCCAUUGGACCCUCUAAGAAGGUUAAGAUUGACAACCCGAAGAAGCGCAUGCUGCUGAUUGAGAACCUGCAGCCGUCGCAGACGUACUGCUACAAAGUGCGCGCCAGCAACAAGGUGGGCUGGGGACCGUACAGAGACGCCACCAUCAAUCUGGCAACCCAGCCGCACAGGCCCAUGUCCAUUCCCAUCAUCCCUGAUAUUCCGAUCGUGGAUGCGGAAGCGGGCGAGGAGUACGACAGCUAUCUGAUGUACAGUAACGAAGUCCUGCGCUCGCCCACCGCCAGCGGCAGACCCAGCGUGUCUGACUUAACCGAAGAACAGUUGAUCAACGGAAAAUGGGAUCAGAAGUUCUUGUUCCCAGGAGGAAGUGGGUCUCUGACACGGAACAUCAGCACCUCCUCCACCAGCUACAGCCUCUCACCCCGUCCAGGAGUUGGCAACCAAACAAUGGAGACCACAACAACUUACAUAUCUGGAAAAGGUGGAUCUCUGCCGCGAAGGCAUGACAUCCAGAUGAGUGGCGGACUCCACACGGAGGACGUGAUCUUGAGGAAACGCUCCGAGAACAGGACCUACUUCGACAACGACGGCAUCAGGGACUCCAUCGUGAUGGGCGAUUUGACUGGCGGAUUUUCUGACUUCCUAAGCAACUCUAGCUUCAGCCAGAGUACAACUACCAGCUACAGCCUGAGCUCCAACGUUCGCAAUCAUGCAGAAGACAUCAACGAUGCUCUGCAGAACCUGGACAGGGUUCUCCAGGAUUCUCGACUGACCCGCGGCGUCCCAGAAACCCCGAGCAGGCUGGUGUUCUCGGCCCUGGGCCCGACAGCGCUGAAGGUCAGCUGGCAGGAGCCCCACUGUGAGAACCCUGUGCUGGGAUACUGUGUCCUCUACCAGCUCCUCAACGGAGGUGAGAUGAAGCGUAUGGACAUCACGAACCCCGCGCAGAACUCCGUGGUGGUGCAGGACCUGCUGCCCAACCAGUCUUACCUGUUCAAGGUGAAAGCUCAGAGUCAGGAGGGCUGGGGGCCCGAGAGAGAGGGAGUCAUCACCAUCGAGUCCACCGUGGACCCCAAGAGCCCCCUCAGCCCCGUACCAGGCUCCUCGUUCACUCUGAGCACGCCCAGCGCUCCAGGUCCGCUCGUCUUCACGGCUCUGAGCCCGGAGACUCUGCAGCUGAGCUGGGACAAACCACGCAAACCCAACGGAGAGAUCCUGGGCUACGUGGUCACCUGUGAACAGCUGCAUGGCGGAGGAGAUACGCGCUCCUUCCAGGUCAACGGUAACGCGGCCACCUCGCUGACCGUGUCUGACCUCAGUGAGAACGUGCCGUACAAGUUUAAAGUUCAAGCACAGACCACGCAGGGCUUCGGGCCGGAGAGGGAGGGCAUCAUCACCAUCGAGUCUCAGGACGGAGGAUCUAUGGGUCAGUACAGCAGCUCGUCUUUGAUGAGGAGAGAAGUGUUUAACCUGCCCACACAGACCAGCACACAUACCAGCCACACCAUGUUCUCAGAACCCUUCGUCACAUCAGAUGGUAUGAUGAUGUCCAGCAGACAGAUCACGCAGCACAUGGAGAUGAGCGGCAGCGUGACCCGGCAGGUGGAGAUGGUCCAGCGAGGAGUGACGUCCAGCGUAACCAAGAGGGUGGAGAAGCAGUACUACGAAGCCUGAUUUCACUAAUCUAACAGACAUUCUCCCGUAAACAGGCCCACAGUCUGACCCCAGACCCAGACCUGCCGCCACAGCAGCUUUAACGCCACAGUUUGGGGCAAAAUCCAACCCCCCAAACGCACCCCCCUCACCUUUUACCCCACCUUUUACCCCAAAGGUAGAUAACAGUGUGCCAUACACUCUUGACACAGAUGGUUCUUCAAGGGUUCUUUAGUAAAGGGAAUGAUUCUGUUCAGUUCUAUGUGGCGCGAAAAAGAGUUCUGCUGUAUAUUUGGUGCAAUAACGAACCUCACACGUCACGUUCUCCAAGAACCAUUUCACCAUGCAAAGAACCAUUUAAGGAUGACAUGGAUCUUUGAGUGUUCAUGGUUCUGUAUAGAAUCAUUCCCUUUCCUGUUUAAAUGGUUCUUUGUAGCACCAAAAAGCUUGACAUCAUAACAACAGCAGAACCCUUUUUACUGCCAUUUAGAACCAUUUACAGCACGUUCUCCAUCAGUCUGAAGAACCAUUUUACCAUGCAAAUGGUUAUAUAUAGAACUCAUGGUUCUAUUCCCUUUACUGAAGAACCCAUUUAAGAGUGUACAGUGUGAAAAAACACAUUGUUUAUUAGAGAUUAAAUAGGCAGAUGUAACCUUUAUGACUGAUGACACCUGGAGAAAUAAGCCUUUAUAAAUGUUGCUGUUUAUGUUUGUCAGUUGUCAUGACGACAUCAUGAGCUCAGUCCUGCAGUAAAGUGUUAGAUGAACAGCUCCACACGGUUUGAGGCCAGCGAGUAAUGCUUUAGGUGUGCAGUUAGCACCAUGCUAAUUGGUGGGGUAUAAGCUACCAUCACUAGUUAGCUACAUUAGCCUCGUAACUCUUUUCCACCAAACUGCGAAAUUAGUUUUAAUUUGAAACUUGAAACAGUGCAGCAGUUGAAACCUGUAUUACUGAAUAGAUUAAUGAUAAGACCACAUAUGAUUCAUGUGUGGUGUCCAAAAACUUCACUGUCAGAUCAAAACCUCGUAUCUCCACUUUUGUUUUUCAUUUUCAGCGUAAUUCAAAAAUUCCCUUUACUCUUACACUGUGUGAGUUUCAUGAUGAAUGGACCAAUGCAAGUGGUCCAAAAUUACAUGGAAAUAAGUAUGUUUACAUUGACUUCCAUUCAAAGAUUUUUCCUUCCCCUGUAAAGUUUCCAUUUUGGAGAUAUGAGUUUAGUUCUGACAGCAGUGAUAUAUUUAUGGAAAGAAAGGAGCAGCAAUUCAAACCUCUGUGUUCAACUGUAAAAACAUCCACAUUAGAAGUGUUUUGUUGAAUGUAAACAAACAAGUAUUUGCCUUUAUAUACACACACACACAUAUAUAUAUAUAUAUAUAUAUAUAUACACACUCCCUCUGUUCAAAUUGUGCCAAAACCAUUUACGCUUCACUGUGUGAUGUACAGGACUGUAUUAGUUUAGGGUAAUACUUAAUUUUCCACUUCAACUCUGAAUAUAUAUAUUUUUAAAUGUUUGUUUUUGGUGAUUUAUUGUGUAACACUUCAUCUGAAGGCUACAUAGGAGCUCAUAACACAUGCAUAUUAACAUGUUUACAAAGCAACACAAGUAUGUCAGUUUUCACAAGAUGACAAUAUUUUAUGAAAUAAAGUAAAUUGUAUAUUAAUUAUAUUAUAAAAGUGCUGGACAUUUGUUCCAUUUAAUACACAGUUAUGAAGCCACAUAAUGGAGCUUAAAAGGCAGAAGAUUCUACUUUAAGUCAUGUUUCGUAGAGGUGAUAUAAGGUGUUCAUUACUUUGGAAAGAUGUUUAAUAACAGUGUUACAAAUGGAACAAGAGUUCAGUUUUAGGGCCUGUUUAUCAACACAGGAUCAUAAAACGCCUCAUCAUCUGAUACAUCAUCACAAAUACUGACAUAGGCUGUUUAUAAGUGGUAAAGUAUUGCUUUGCUUUUUGAAUAUGUUAUUCAAUUAUCAUGCAUGUGUAAUGAGCUCCCUUCAAAUAAAGUGUUUAUUUGUCUGGUUACAUCAAAUAUCAUACGUCACGCCAUUUCAGUCUCUUUUCUAACACGGCAACACAUAAAUCAGUUUAUUUUGUAAAUAUGUUACUGACGUUUGGCUCCAGUUGAGCGGCUGUUGCUCUGAUUCAGACAGUAUACGAACGUUUGCUGGGAUAAAUUUGCUUCUGCCACUUUGGAGAAGUUUUACUAUCUUUAUUUUUCAUUAAUAUCUCGCUUAAGUAUUACAUUGUUAGUAUUUUUUAUAUUUUUACCUUACUUAAAAUAUCGUCCAUCAUAUCCUCUUACAAUUCAAUAUCAGCGAAAGAAUUUCUAUUAAACGUCAACUUUUACAUUUAAAGUGUAAUAAAAUGGAAGAAAACA